AUGAGCAUCAAAACCGAGACAGCCACGUACACCCACGGCCACCAUGCGUCGGUGCUGCGAUCGCACACCUGGCGCACAGCCCGCAACUCGGCAGGCUUCCUGCUGCCUCACAUCAAGCCCGACAUGGCCAUACUCGACAUUGGCUGCGGCCCGGGAACCAUCACCGUCGACCUGGCCGGUUAUGUGCCCGAAGGUCGAGUGACGGGCCUGGAACGCGCGGCCAAAGUGCUCGAACAGGCGCGAGCCCUAGCCGCGUCGAGGGCCGUCGACAACAUUGACUUUGUAGAGGGCGACGCCAACGCGCUGCGCUACCCGGACGACUCGUUCGACAUUGUAUUCUGCCACCAGGUCCUGCAGCACGUCAAGGACCCGGUCGGAGUUCUGCGGGAGAUGCGGCGCGUAGCCAAGCCCGGCGGCAUCGUGGCCGCGCGCGAAUCCGACUACGGCGCGUUCACGUGGUACCCGGACGUGGAGGGGAUGAAGGCGUGGCAGGCGCUGUACGGGAAGCUGGCGGCGCACAAUGGCGGCGAGCCGGACGCGGGCAGGAUGGUGCACGCGUGGGCGAGGCGCGCGGGCUUCGCGGCCGAGGCCAUCACGUCGUCGGUGAGUUCGUGGUGCUACAGCACCCGCGAGGAAGUGGCCUGGUGGAGCGGGCUCUGGGCAGAGCGGACGGUGGCCUCGUCGUUUGCCGACACGGCGGUUGCGUCGGGGAUUGCGACGGCGGACCAGUUGGCAGAGGUUGCUGAGACGUGGCGGCGCUGGGGGGGCGAGGACGAUGCCUGGUUCUCGGUGCCGAGCGGCGAGGUCUUGUGUAUCAAGUAG